CGUGGCGCGGCGACGGCGACCAUCGCAUCAUAUCGCAAUCGCGAUACGGCGUGAUAGCGAUUGCGAUAGCGGCGCAUCAUUCAGUGGCAGUAGCAGUAGAGUAGUCGGCUUGUAGUGAUAAAGUUAACAUCUAUCGACGAGUAUGAGCAUUAGUUUUCGCGAGUCUAUGUUCGAGGAAAAAUAAAAACCAAAACAAAUACUUACCCGUGAUUGAAUUUUCGCGAAUGUGCAUCUACUUCUACCUACCUGCUGUGGUAUCCGAUCCGAAGCCUUAUAGCCUUAUCCGCUCGCCGUCGCCGUUGACAUGGGACUUUCCAAGAGCUUAGUCGCCCUAAUGGAUGGCUUAUCCAACCAGUACAGUUUCAUUUUCGGCGUACUUAUCGCGUUCGUCAUAUUCUAUCGUCGGCCAAUUUACAUCAUUUUGAAAACACUACCCAGAGAUUUGAGUUUGUUCUUCAGAGUUUUCAACACGGCCGUAGCAUGCCUCAAGUAUAUUGUGACCGGAGAAACCAUCAUAUCGUUGUUCAAAAAAACAGCCUCCACCAAUCCGGACAAGGUUAUCGUACAUUUUCAAGACACAGCGUGGACUGUGAAAGAGUUGGAUUUGUACAGCAACAAAGUGGCGAGAAUUUUCCAAAAGAAAGGCUACAAGAAAGGCGACGUGGUGGCGUUGAUGAGCCUAAACAGGCCGCAGUACAUCGGCAUUUGGUUGGGUCUGGGCAAGAUCGGCGUCGUGACCGCCUUGAUAAAUACGAAUUUGCGGUCCCACUCGUUGGCUCAUUGUGUGAAUGUGGCCAAAUGUAAGGCGUUCGUAUUCGGCUACGAAUUCGCCAAAGACGUGAAAGAAAUUGUCGAAGCGCUCGAUCCGAAAACCGAGUACAUGGCGUACGGUGAGGGCACCUUCACCGGCGCCGGCGACAGCUUUUUGCGCAAUUGCGGCGAUAUGGAGCAACUGUUGAGCAGCGUAUCCGACGAUGCCGUCGAACCUGAAACGCCCAUCGGGCCCAAAGACAAAUUAUUGUACAUCUAUACUUCGGGCACUACUGGUUUGCCAAAAGCCGCCAUAAUGGUUCACGACAAAUUGGUGAUGAUAGUGGCCGGUUUCAAGUAUUUAUUGAAGUUACGCUCGAACGAUAUCAUCUACGAUCCGCUGCCGCUGUACCACACGGCCGGCGGUCUUUUGGGCACCCUUCCGGCCUUGGUGUAUGGUUUAACGGUCGUCAUCAAAGUCAAGUUUUCCGCUUCCAAGUAUUUCACCGAUUGCGUCAAGUAUAAAUGUACCAUUGGUCAAUACAUCGGCGAAAUAUGUCGAUAUUUAUUGGCGGUACCGCCUUCGCAAAACGACGUUAAUCAUUCGUUGCGUAUGGUGAUUGGAAACGGCAUGCGUCCGGACGUGUGGCGAGAAUUCGUCCAUCGAUUCAGAAUUCCCACUGUCUUAGAACUGUAUGGCUCGACUGAAGGAAACGCCAACAUAAUGAAUUUCGAUAACACUAUCGGAGCUGUGGGAUUCCUACCUCGUAUAUUGCCAGCUUGGGUGUAUCCCAUCGCUUUAAUAAAGUACGACGAAACUAACGGCGAACCUCUUAGAAAUGAAAACGGCUUUUGUAUCAGAUGCAAUGCUGGUGAAUCUGGCAUGUGUAUCGGUAUGAUAUCGAAAAGAAUACCUCUUAAAGACUUUCAAGGAUACGUCGAUCAAAAGGAAACCAACAAGAAAAUCAUCAAGAAUGUUUUCAAACGCGGAGAUUCGGCUUUCUUAUCGGGCGAUAUUUUGUACAUGGACGAAUUUGGUUACUUAUAUUUCAAGGAUAGAACCGGCGACACGUUCAGAUGGAAAGGUGAAAAUGUAUCUACCGGCGAGGUCGAAAUGGUUAUUCAGAAAUUAAUCGGUUUCAAGGACUGCACGGUGUAUGGAGUUCAAGUUGGCGAUUUGGAAGGCAAAGCCGGCAUGGUAGCCAUUGUCGAUCCGAAAUACGAAAUAGAUCUCGAUAAUUUGGCCGAUGGUAUCGAUAAAAAUUUACCAGUUUACGCCAGACCCUUAUUCUUGAGAAUAUUACCGCAACUCGAACUGACAGGAACGUACAAGGUGAAGAAAACCGAUCUGAAAAACGAGACUUUUGAUCCGAGCAAAACCAACGAUCGACUGUAUUUCAAACAUUCGGUAAAAGGAUUUUUACCCAUCACUGAAAGCCUGUACAGCGAUAUCGUCACCGGCGCCGUCAAAGUCUAAUUCCCUCGCCACGCUGCGCUGCAGAUCUUCGGCCUCUACAUACAAAAGCCAGUACAGUACGUGGACCCUACAUUUCGCGUCCAGGAUUAGCUGCCUACCCCUGACUAUGGUCAUGGCUAAAACAAGACGACAACGAUGCUAUCGGCUGCUGAUGUCAUGCCCGUCUCUACGGUUCAUGGGUGACCAAUGGACCAUCUUUCAUCAAUGCCCAACAGCGAGCGUAGAUCGAGACAUACCCACCCACCUACAUAAUAUGUACCUACUACUACCUACUCGUACAUACGUGUAUACCUAGUACAUUACAUACGAUCUAGUCUACCUAACUACCUACCUAAUAAAAUCGAUUGUACCUCCUAAAA